AUGGCGACUCCUACAGCUGCAGAGAAGUUUGAAAGCGUUUAUGGAGACAUUAUAGACGUAUUGAAGGUUGAUCGACCGUCCUAUCUGGUUGCUGCUAACCGGUUUUUUGCAAGGUACAUAAUAGAGGAGCCACUGAGAAAGCAGAUAUUUGAUAGCAGUGGAGAAACUGCAGUAAAGCUGCUCUUGGAUGGGUUGCAUGCUGCCAUUGAGAGGGACCCUAAGUAUUUGGAUGAUGUCGUAGAAGUUUCAAGUGAAGGUCACCCAUCACUGUGUGUUGCAUUUAAAAAGAUGAACGAAGAAGAAGGCAGUAAUCCUGUUAGUGUGACCGCAGUAUCAACAGUAACAAGUGCACCAUGUUCAACUGAAACCUCGACUGAAACUCACAUUCAAUCUAAUGAAGUUGUAUCACUGCUGGAAGAUCAAGUUCAGUCUAAUCCUGAUGCUGUCUUAGCUGUGAACGAUCUGAGCAACAAAUUUGAUAGUCUCUAUUCUCUUGCCUCUUCAUCUUUACA